CAUUAGCCGCGCCAUAGACGAUCUUCGUUGUGUAACUUGGCUGUCAGCGGUGCUGUAGCUAGCCUACUGAGACUCCGGACCAUCCGCUGGAGAGGAGCAGCCAUGGCACCCCAAAAGAAGAACAGAGCAUUUGUCAUCGGCGUGGGAAUGACAAAGUUUGAGAAACCUGGAGCCCGAGAGGACUUUGACUACCCUGAUAUGGCCAAGGAAGCAGGGCAAAAGGCCUUAGCAGAUGCCAGAGUCCCGUAUUCUGCCAUUGAGCAAGCCUGUGUCGGAUAUGUCUAUGGUGACUCCACCUGUGGGCAGAGGGCCAUUUACCACAGCCUGGGCCUCACCGGGAUCCCCAUCAUCAACGUUAACAACAACUGCUCCACCGGCUCCACAGCUCUCUUUAUGGCUCGCCAGCUGAUCCAGGGAGGCCUGGCUGAAUGUGUGCUUGCACUCGGCUUUGAGAAGAUGGAGAGAGGCUCCUUAUCCUCAAAGUACAUGGACAGGACCAAUCCCAUGGACAAGCACAUGGAGGUGAUGAUCAACCGCUACGGGAUGUCGGCAGCCCCGGCAGCACCACAGAUGUUUGGCAACGCUGGCAGAGAGCACAUGGAGAAAUAUGGCACUAAACCAGAACAUUUUGCCAAAAUUGCAUGGAAAAAUCACAAGCAUUCCACCAACAACCCGUACUCCCAAUUCCAGGAGGAGUAUAGCCUGCAGCAGGUUAUGAAGUCCAGGAAGGUGUUUGAGUUCCUCACUCUCCUACAGUGUUGCCCCACAUCAGAUGGUGCUGGAGCAGCAGUCUUGGCCAGCGAGGCCUUCGUCAGGCGUCAUGGUCUGGAGGGCCAGGCAGUGGAGAUCCUGGCCCAGGAGAUGGUGACCGACCUUUCCACCACAUUUGAAGAGAACAGCUGCAUGAAGAUGGUGGGAUAUGACAUGUCUCGGCUUGCAGCUAAGAAGUGCUUUGAGGCUUCGGGUCUGAAGCCCCGCAAUGUUGAUGUGGUGGAGCUGCAUGACUGUUUCUCAGCCAACGAGCUCAUCACAUAUGAAGCCCUGGGGCUGUGUCCUGAGGGUCAAGCAGGAGAGCUGAUUGACAGAGGGGACAACACAUAUGGUGGCAAGUUUGUGGUCAACCCCAGUGGUGGCCUCAUCUCUAAAGGACACCCACUGGGAGCCACAGGUCUGGCCCAGUGUGCAGAGCUGUGCUGGCAGCUGCGAGGACAGGCCGACAGGAGGCAGGUGCCUGGGGCAAAGGUGGCCCUGCAGCACAAUAUUGGCUUAGGAGGAGCUGUGGUUGUCACUCUCUACAGGAUGGGAUUCCCAGAGGAGGCCAGGUCGCUUGUAGGUGCAAUUCCCACCAGCUCGGUCAGCAGCCUGGAGGGUUUUAAAGCUUAUCCUGUCUUCCAAGAGAUUAACAGAAAACUGCAGGAGGAUGGAGAGGAGUAUGUGAAGAAGAUCGGAGCAGUGUUUGCAUUUAAUGUAAAAAAUGGACCAGAUGGAAAGGAGGGGCUUUUGGUUGUGGAUGUAAAAAAUGGCAAAGGUUGCAUCAGCACUGACCCAGAUUUGACAACAGACUGCACCGUUGCCAUAGAUGACGAGGACCUUCUGGCUUUGAUGACGGGAAAGUUAAACCCGCAGACGGCAUUUUACCAGGGGAAGCUUAAGCUCAGUGGCAACUUGAGCAUGGCUUUGAAGCUGCAGAACCUCCAGAUGAGUGCAGGCAAGGCCAAGCUGUGAAGCCCUGAGCUCACGGGAAACAUUGUUUGCCAUAGAUGACAAAAAUAGCAUUCGUUCCCACUCUCUCAACAACUUAAUUCCUUCUCUCUUUUCUCUCCUUAUCUGUCCAUGCUCUCGCUCUCCUGUCCUCUCCGCUGUCUUCUGUUUUGUUGUUGUUGUUUGAAUUGUUUUGCUGUGCGACCAUUUUCCUCCAAACUGUCUCACGCUACUGCUAAUUUCCAAGCUCUCAGAAUAAUUUGCUAAAAUGCUGGAUCACGAGCAGGGGUCUGAUAAGCUGCGUCUUUGAUAUCAGAGCACAGUAUAUGGAGACUGAUUGUUGAGACAUGAAUCUUCAGGUCUGCAUACAUUGUGCAGUAUGAACUAAUCUGAUCUGAUUUCUGGCAUUUCCAGAGAGCCUUUUAACACAGAAUCAGUGCAUUUUCUGCUGUUGUUUGCCAGUCACUCACUUAAAUGCAGCAAUAGCGAAAAUUCAUAAUGGUAUUGACCAAAACUGUAACAAUGUUCAAUAAUAUAUCUUUCAUAAUAAGGCAGUUAAAACACUAAGUGUGCCUCUGAUUUCUGUGUAUGAGAUGAAAUCUUGUGAGUCAAGGCCAGUGCUGCCUGAGCUAUUUUGAUCAGUAGUUUUGUACAUAAUCUGUGAAUGACAGAGAUUAUUUAAUUUUCACUAAAUAAAUCCUUCACUGACAAGAAGAA